AAAUAAAAGUCCCGAGAUCGACGCGAUGAUCGAGUAUAAUACAGCCGGAGUAUACCGCAAAAGCUCGAAACUCAAUAUUUCUGUCGGUUUGGCGGUUGCGAGGCCGAAAAAGAAUCCGAGCCUCGAUCGAUGUUUGGGAAAGAAGGUAAACAUCGGUAAAUCCAGAUUUUACUGUCGCUUGCUGCUCUCCAUGGGGUCGUCUGCUUUUUCUAUUUCCGUAGACACUAUAUGCGCGCACUUGUACCCACGCGGAUACGCUCCGUCACCGCGGGAUGUAUGACUCGGCUUUUCUCCCGCGCGUAAUUUCCGAGAAGAGGCAUUAAAUUAGGCGGCGGUCGGCGGACUCGAAAAUUGCGUGUACAACAAUUUCCCGUUGUUUAUAGGCCCAGCAGUCGGCCGCGUUUAUAUAAAUAUAAUUCCCACCAUAGGAUGGCCAAUUUAUUCCGGCGGUUAUCGGAGUGCGCGCGCGAUUCCGAAAUCGGUUUUAUAUUUCCGUACCACCGAGUACUCGCACGAUCUCCGUAUCAGCGGGAAUUUUAAUGCCGUAAGCGUCGCUCGGACGGUGCUCGGAUCCAAAUGGCGAUAUAAUAAGAGCUCGUUCGGGAACAAUUAAUUACGAAACGCGCGAAAACAAAUUUAUUAUUUUUCUUGGAAAACGAAAUAAACCAGAUGAAGAGAGCGUGUAAACGAUUACGUCGUCCAAUUUUUGUACACGCCGCGUUGAAAGCUCCAUUGUUCCUCGUUAUUAAUAGACGAGAAGCUCGGAUGUCAAGUAAAUCGUGAAAAUAAAAUGACGCGAAUGCAAUAAACAUCGUCCGGGAAUAUAAGCAACGGCUCCGUACAAUAAUCAUCGUCGACGAGGCAAACGGCAAAAAAGCUCGAGCAUCAUAAUAACCCGUGUAUACCGCAAGCUCGCUGCAAGCACACACAGAGGGGAAGAGAGAGAGAGAGAGAGAGAGAGAGAGAGAGAACAUAGAGAGACGAGAAUAGCCGAGCGGCGCAGCCGGAGCUAGGUGUUUCCAGGGGCGAUCGCUUGGUGGGGCGGGAUCUCUCUUGCGCGCGCGUGCACAGGCUGGAGAUCAGAGCUUGCCGCAACCGGCUAUAUCGUCGCGGCGCGGAUAUUACGAGCGUCUUGCCCGUCGCUAGGCUUCAGUCAAAGACAGGCACUCGCGCGGCAGUCGUAUAGUCGUAUAUACUCUGAAGCUUCCCCACCCCUUGCAUCUCACGCGCGCGCGUGUGUGUGUGUGUAUGUGUUGAGUUUUUCUACCGCGAGCUUCUUCUUCUCAGUCAUCUCGCAAACAACGGGAGGAUCGAGUGGAGCGGAUCCUGCUCUCUAUUAGCUCUCGCUCGUUAUCCCUCGCGUCUCCUUUCCUCCUUCAAUCUAUACAUCUUUAGAUAAGCUAAGUCGAACCCACAACCAAGCCGUCAAGAUGGCCGACGAGCUGCCGCCAGAACAGAUUGCCGUGCUGCGCAAGGCCUUCGACAGCUUCGACAGGGAGAAGAGCGGCAGUAUCCCCACCGACAUGGUCGCCGACAUCCUCAGACUCAUGGGUCAGCCCUUCAACAAGAAGAUCCUCGACGAGCUCAUCGAGGAGGUCGACGCCGACAAAUCCGGACGCCUGGAGUUCGAGGAGUUCGUGACGCUCGCCGCCAAAUUCAUCGUUGAAGAGGACGCUGAGGCUCUGGAGAAGGAGCUGCGCGAAGCGUUCAGGCUCUACGACAAAGAAGGAAACGGAUACAUCCCGACCACGUGCCUGCGCGAGAUCCUCCGGGAGCUCGACGACCAGCUCACGGACGAGGAGCUCGACAUCAUGAUCGAGGAGAUCGACUCCGACGGCUCUGGCACCGUCGACUUUGACGAGUUCAUGGAGAUGAUGACCGGAGAAUAAGUGCUCUCGACGACCAGCUCGUGUUUUUGACGAAAAGAACAAGGAAAUCAAUAAAAAAAAAAAUGUCACAUAUACAAAAAAUACGUAACGGAGGAGGCGCAUUUUAUCGUGUUCCUCCAACAUAUAAACGCUUUUGCAGAGGGUCGACACAGAAAAAAACAAUGGCCAGUCCUAAUUAUAGAUGUGGCGCGAACGGAGUCGUCUCGACAGAGAUUCGUCGCCGAUCGGGCGACACGCACGACUUACUUAGCUUUGGCCGCUGCAUAUAGCUCAAUUCUCUGUGCUAUUGUCGAGCAAACCAAAACAAAAACGAAACACAUACACACAGUUUUUACCAUGCCGUAACUUCUCACGCGGUGCCUGCUGAAUUUUUUUUUUUUCAUGGACAGUAUUUAUUGUUGUUAAUAAAAGUCUGUAAAAAUCUAACGAUGUUUUUCAUUCUAUAUGUAUAACAAAGAGAAAACUGUAUUACACUCACAGUGCCAACUUUUAUAAGCUAAAUAAAUUAAUUGAAAGUUA